AUGAACAGGUACAUGACUCUGAAUCAGCUCGGGGAUGGCACGUACGGUUCUGUUGUGUUGGGACAAAACAUAGAUACAGGAGAAAAAGUAGCCAUCAAAAGGUAUAUAAAACAUUAAAACAAAUAACCCCAAAUUUAAUAGGCAGGUAGGUAUAUCAUAUUUAAUAGAAAAGUGAACAACAACUGUAUUUGCAAUAAGUAACGUUGAUACGAAAAAUACGUAGGUAACUAAAAAUAAUGAAUUAACCAGUGUUGGGAAAAUUCCUUUUGAAACGGAAUUCGUUCGCUAUCCUCGCUUCUUUAAACGAUCCUUUAUGAAUACCUAGUGCAUAUUAAUAUUAUAAUCUCGAUUGUAGAUAUAAUAUAUUAUUUAAAAUCAUAUAAUGUACAGUAAAUUGAAAUAUUAAAACAAAAGAACGAAAGUUUAUACGUUCACGUUCCUCAUAAGUAGGAACUCUUUACCAUUCUAGGUAUGUACUUUUAUUUCAAACGUAUCGAGUUCCAGCCUUCGUUUCAAUAAAAUGAACGCGUUCUUUAUCAACACUGGAAUCAACUAUAGGCUAUAAUCCCUAAUAAUAAAAUAUUGGUAUAAGUAUACCCACAUUUACGAAUAUUUAAGCUUCAACGGGUUGCGUAUAGACAGUUUUAAUGAAACUAUUGUUAAAAAAAAAUUGUUUGACCCAAAAGUCAAAAGUAUCAAAUUCACUUUCGUAUAAAUAUAAAAACGGUCCCAUGUCCUUAUCUCAAGUAUCUAUUUUUUGUAUAGUCAUGACAUUUAUCACAUACCAAUACCACAUACCAUUUGUCACCUAUUAAUGACCAAUCGUCACAGUGAUUUUAGCGUUCUUACUCAUAAUGAAAACUAAAGACAACAACACAAUUAUUUAGAACUUAACAAAUUGGUUUUUAUUCUAAUCGAAUGAAACGGUCGAUAUUGUAGUUCAAUAAUUAUUAAAAAGUGACAUUUUUUCAUAACUAUAAAUUGAUAUGACAUAGGUAGAUUCUAUUGAUAAAAAUACGUUCUUGAACUUUCUUUAUUUUAUCUGGUUAUUAUAUUAAUAUCUGGAUGUCAUAGUAAAAUAUUAUUUUUCGACACAAAGUUUUUUUGUUCAAAAAAUGUUCAAGCUGACAUUUCAUUAAUAAUUAACAAAAUAUUGAAUGUUCCCAUAUUCAGUAUUGAUAACAAUCAAUAGUUAUUGAUUACUUAAAUCAGUUAAGUGUUUAAAAUAUGAUAAUUAUUUAAUUAAAAAUCGUAAUUAUUUGUUUAACAUAGGUAAUUUCAUAAUUCAAUCUAUUAUUUUAUGAAAUCAUGAUGAUGUAUUUAUUGAUAUGUGUUUUGAAACAAACUUACUUUUUAAAAUUAUUCUAUAUAAUUGUUACAGAAUGAAAAGAAAAUAUUAUUCUUGGGAUGAAGCCAUGAAUUUGAGAGAAGUUAAGGUACUCGUCGGGUUUACUAUUUUUGUUCACUCAGUGUACAACCUAUUCUAAAUUAUAUUAAGAAAAUUUAAUAAGCAAAAAAAAAGCGGAAUUAUAAGCAAUAAUAUAAUAAUAAUAUAACUCAGAAUAUUAAGUUAACUAAUAAUUCAUUAAUUUAUUUAAUAUUGCUUGUUUAUUUGUUUAGUCUUUGAAAAAAUUGAAUCACGCAAAUUUAAUCAAGUUGAGAGAAGUUAUUAGAGAAAACGAUACUCUCUACUUUGUAUUUGAAUACAUGAAAGAAAAUCUGUAUCAGCUAAUGCGAAGUCAAAGUAAAUUUUUUCCCGAACAGUCGAUUAGAAACAUACUUUAUCAAGUAAGCAUAUGUUUUUUAACUUGCCAUUAUUCUAAAUUACAAAGCAGUAGGUAUCGAAUAAUAACACUGUAUUUUAUUGUAUAAUUUGUUAGCAUAUUUCAGUGGCACACACAGGAGGGAUGGGUUAGGGCAUGAAAAUCUCCGAAAUGUCUUCCUUCACUAAUUUGUUUUAAAUCAAGUUUUACAUUCAGUAGCUUAAUUUCUUAUUAUAUGACAGAAUAAAAUAAUGUACCGAUAAUAUGUGCUAUCUUCUCUCUAGGAAAUUAUUUCAAACACCCCCCUCCCCCCAUCACUCACCGAAAAAAUCCCGCGUGCGCUACUAACAUAAUCCGUUUACAUUAUUAUUACAGGUUUAGGUUUAUUGAAUUAUUAAAAAAUCUAGUCAAAAGUUAUUUGAUAUCGACACGAUAAAAUGAAAAUAUUUCAACCAGGGUCGAGCAUCUGUUAUAUUUAUUUUUCGUGCUGCGUAGAAUGAUAUUAUAUGACUUAUAUAAAAGCGGGUAAAAGAAAACCUUAUUUAUGGAAAAAGAAAAUUACUUUUUUUCCUAUCAACCUAGUCAAAAUUAUAAAAAAAAAAAUGUAUAAAUAAAUAAAAUAGAGGAGCCGAUCUUAUUAGCAAUUUACCUGAGUCGACACGCAAUCUAUCGUACCUAAAAAUUAUUAUUAAUCUAAUGUCUACGUGUAAUAUACAAGCUAAUCAUAUUUUAUACAUUUAAUGAUAUACAAUAAUUAUAAAAGUGGCUAGACAGGAAGUAUACUUAUCCGGAAGUUCAAUGAAUAAAGUAUAAUUUUAUCGUUAAGAUAGUUGGGUACACCUGUAAAAUGUGUGCGCGUGAUUUCGACGUUAUUAAGUUGGCACGUCGAACACUACCGGCGUGAAAUUAGCUGAUAGUAUAACAUUAUUAUAGACUUUAUAAAAUGCCGUUCUCUGAAGAUCCCUUGACCUAAUGAUGUACAAGGCGAUUUUGUUUAUUACAAUCCAACGAUUAUCUAUUUAAAAAUAUUGAUUAAAAUUGAUUUUGGUUUUUUUUUUCAGUCAUAGAAUCGUUUUAAGUUUUUUUAUGUUUUUAAAAUUAUACCUACUCUUAUUCUGUACCUAUUUACACUAGAAAAAGUAUAAAUACACAUAUUAACUUUUGAUUUUCAAAUAACAAGCCACCCAAUGUCGUAUUAGAUUUCGAGAGGGAAUAGGUUCACCGGGACACGGGGAUUUUCUCGAUGAACCAUCUUCCUUUUAGACUAAAUGUUUCAUGGCGUUAAUCUGCAUAUCCAUUAUUUAGAUUCGAAGAUGGAAUAUUUGUCUACACAUUUUUAUAAUAUUAUGCGUGGGACUAAUAUUUGAUAUAUCAUUUACGAAUUAUAAAAUGGUUUAAAAUUUAAACCGGUUUAGUGUAUAGGGAACGGUUAUCAUCUAAAAAUGAUAUGAAUUAGAAAUUUAGUGUCAUUUAAUACACUUCACUUAUCCAUUACCGGUCUAAAUGUUAUUAAUUUUAACUAUUAUAACUCCUAAACCGAUUUUUAGAAAAAUAUAAUUUUUUCAAACCCGUGUUGAUAGGGGGAGGGGGAAGAAUCGCCGUUAGAAAAUCAAAAGUUAAUAUUAUACUAUAUAAUUAAGUACCUGCAAGGAGUAAUCAUUUAAAAAUAUUGGUCAGAUAUAUAAUGAAUGAAAACAAAAUAAUCGUGAUAAUUCGCUGUUUUAUAUUCCGUGUGUAUAAGAUAUUUCAAGGGUUGGCGUUCAUGCACAGACACGGGUUCUUCCACCGGGACAUGAAGCCGGAGAACCUGUUGUGCUGUGGGCCGGAGCUGGUCAAGAUCGCCGAUUUCGGGCUGGCCAGGGAGACGAGGUCGCGACCACCGUACACCGACUACGUGUCCACCCGGUGGUACCGAGCCCCGGAGGUGCUGCUGCACUCGAUCAACUACAGCACGCCGAUCGACCUGUGGGCCGUCGGUUGCAUAAUGGCCGAGCUGUACACGUUCAGGCCGCUGUUUCCGGGCACCAGCGAAAUCGACCAGAUAUUUAAAAUAUGUUCGGUCCUGGGCACGCCCGAAAAGGUAAUACAAAUACAACCGAGUAAAAAUAAUACAACGAUUGCGUGACGUGCAGGCGCAUGGGGAGGGAACGGAUACGUGAUAAGCUCCCUUUACUUGGAAACCAAGACCGUCGCAGAAUCAUUAAUUCAACGUUGAUUUAAUCAGGCGAAAUAAUAAUUGUUUGCAUUUUAUUACGCGUGAUUAUAUUUAAGUUUAUUCGUAUUAUUAUCGUAUUAUUAAACCAAAUAAAAACAAAAUACUCCAAAAAAUCAAAUGCCUAUAAGUGGCCCCAAAAAUCAGCCAAAACGUUUUGAAAAUUGUAUCACUAUUGAAAAAUGCUAAUAUAAGUCUUUUGUAAACAUUUCAGAUCUCUACAAUUAUUUAAAAAAACAAAAAUCUGGUAAAUUUGGUAUUUUUUAAACCGGUUAAUGCUGUUUUUUUUUUGAAUUUUGGAGAUAAAUGAAUGUAUACCAAGGUGUGUUGAUAAUAAACGAUUAUUUUGUUUUGCCAACCUUCUGUUGAAUUGGACGUUCUUGGCAUUUCGUUGACAAUUCGAUUAUGUACUAGCCACAUUUCAAUUGGAAAACAUGGUCGUAACACAUUGCUUCUUUUUUUCUAAACCUCAUUCUAAUUUUUCCAACCACGUAGUUUUCUACAAAAUAUAUUACUAGAUCAAUUACAUCGCCCUCAAAUUCAAAUUUUAAAAUACCCCAUGUUUCCUUCACAUUCUCCGGAAGAAAAAAAAUGCUAAACUUGUAAUUUUGCGGACUCGAAAAUUGAACUCGAACACAUUUUGGUACUUUGUAACCAAACUCAGCUUCUGGAUCUUACGAUAUAUCGACUGUUGUAAAUGAAAAAAACAUGCCAAAUGGAUUCCAAACAGAAAUACGUUAUUGAUUGCAUUAAUUGCUGCCUGUUCGAAAUUGGUUAUUAUUUUCUUUAAAAAAGAUUCCAUUUUCUUCAGAAAAUUGAUUUAAAUUAGAAAAUAAAAUAUUAUAUAAAUCUUCAUAUUUUCCAGUCAUUAAUGCAAAUUCUAAUGGGAAUAUCAUUUCGUUUCCAUCUCGCGAAAUUGAACCGUGCGCUACAUAAAAUUGUUUAAAAAGUUUAGGACAUGAUUUAAAAUUUCCAUUUAAAAUUCAAAAUUGUGAAUUCUUUAAAUAAUUAAAAUUUUAAACUGUUGUGAAAAUCAUGAUAUAGUUAUCAUUUCGUUUUAUUUAAAAAUUUCUUUCCACUCAAUUAUCAACAGAUAAAUCAUUAUAAUCAGAAAUGUGGUUUGGUUCUUUGAUAUUUUUUUUUCUUUGGUUUUUUACAAUUGAUUUAGCGGAGCAUUUUGAAAUUUGAGAAGCUAUAAUAUUUUCCACUUGUGAAAUUGAAUCUUGACAUAUAGAACUUGGUGUAUCGUUAGUCUCAGUUGCCUUUCUUUUUUUGACAUUUUUAAAUUUUUUUUACAUUCAAUUAUCUGCGGAAUUGGGUUAUGACAGUGAUCGGAAAUACUAAAUGGCUUACCUUUAUCAUCGGAUACGUGUGUGUUGGCAAUCAUAGUAGUUUGAAAUUUUUUUUUAACUCGUUAUGCAAAAUUUGCAUAUGAACAUAAUAAUAUUACAGUAUAAUAGGUAGAUACCUGCAAUGGUGUUCCCAUCAAUUUAAUAAUUAAAAAUAUUUAUUAUAUUGCUUCUAUGGUUAUAUCUUUAUACAGUUUAUACUGUUAUUUUAUUUUUAUUUUUUUAAUAACUAUUUUAGAGUGUACAGUGAUUCUUCAAUACAAUUUUGAGAGUAUACGGAUAGCAUUCCCAAUAGGGACACCACUGGUAGACACCUACUUAUAAGGAUAUAUCUUCAUCCGCAAUCAUUUUUAAAGUACCUAUUACAGUUACAUUUUUAAAAUUAUUUUUAGUGAAAACCGUCUAGGAACCUUCCAUUUUUUUAAAAUCAAGUACGGAGCUUAGCUACUUUAUUUAAAUUUGGUCACUAUAAAAAUUUAUAAAAGACUAUAAAACUUUUAUAAAUUAAUUUCGUUCAUAUUACAUCACACUUAAUAUAUGUGUAAAUAUUAUGACUAAAAAAUAAUAUACUGUUUAAUAAACAACGAUAAAAUUACAAAAUAAGACUAUAAAAACAUAUAAUUUAUAUCUGGUUAUAAUAAUAAUAAAAAAAAAGGUUGACGAUUUUAUUUGACUUGUCCCCCCCAUUCAAUUUUUCUCUGUUGCAAAAUUAAAUUGUCUGAUACAUAAAAAAAAAACCACCGUCAUAAUAGCUAUUAUUUCAUUUUGUUUUACGUUAAAUGAAACGUAAUCAAAAAUUGUUGCUCAAACUGCGAUAACACGCUAUUCUGUUAGUAUACGGUUUUAAAAACGCAUUAUAUUUUAUGGUAUUUGAGUUAUUGUUAUUUUAAGAGAGUAUUAUUGUCAUUAAAAUACACCGGCAUUAUUAUAUUCGUGCUUGAAAUUACUUAGCAUGAUUUCUGGGAACGUUUUUCCAGGGGGGGUUAGUGUAUAUGGGACGUGGGUGUACACUGAAAUACAUGUAAUGUGGCGUGAUUAUAUCGAGUAUACCUUACUGAAAGGCUGACGUUUUAACCGCGAGAGGAAAACUCGCGUUUCCAGGCAAAUGUACGGGACUCGUUGAAUACAAAAAUAAUAUAAUGCCAUACACAAUAAUAAUUAUUUAUUAAUAACCGUUUGCUAUCAUCAUUAUAUAACUACCAUAAACACUAUUGAUUUAAAUUACUGUUACUACAUUGAGUAGGUAAAUAGGUACCUAUAUCUAUAUGGGUAAUAUACAAUACAAUAAAGUAACAGUCAUUAAUUAUCGUUUUAUUAUCGAUUUUGUUUAAACGAAACUCCAAUAAAUUGUUUUGUGUUGUGUUCUGUGUUGCACAAGAAUACAGAAUUGACAUUUUGAAUGAAAACUUUUACUUGCCUUAUUUAGACAAGAAAUGCAUAUUUUGGAGAUUUUUGAACUAUUUAUAGGCAUUUAUGUUUGCGAGUUUUUUUUUAAUUUUUUACAUAGUUUUUUUUUUAGUAGGUACCUAUUAUGCGAAAAUAAUUGUUACGCUAGAACAGAAAUGCUUGUCAAUGGCUUGUCAAUUUUACAGAAUGUUCAUUACAUAAGUUUUUUUGCAGGAAAUGUUAUAGUUGUUUUUUAAAUUAUGAACGGUUAAUAAAGUUACAGUUAUAUAAAAACAUAAAAAAAAAAAGAAAGAUUUUUGUAUCUUUUAUAUUAAGCUAUAUAUUUUGAAUAAUACAAAAACCCUAUGACAUUUACUUCAAAAUAUUGUUCUCUAUAAACUUCAUAAAAGGUACUUUAAUCCUAAAAUUAAAAAUUAAGCUAGAUUUACUUAUUCUGCGUAAACAUUGUUUUUGCAUGUUACCCGGUAGUUGGACUGAGACAGUAGAUGCGGGUAUAAAAUGUUUCUUAAUGGUAGAAAAGUAAUUGGAAUUUAUUAUAGUAAUUUUUAGAUUAGGAGCGGAGCGAAGAAUCUAUUGAUUUUACUAUGAUGCGUAUUUUUAUUUUAGAUUCCGAGCGUAGUAAGGGAGCUAUUGGUUUUACAAUGCUGUUUAUUUUUUUUUUCUUUGUUCUAAUCUGUGGACACGUUUUUUCCAAGUAAACUUGCUCCGAUUUUUACGUGUAGCACCUUUUCUAAAAGCUCAAGUUUUCUAUAUUGUACUUUAGGUACUCUAGGUAAUUUUUUGAUUUACGACGUCAUUUUUUAAAUAAAAGCUCUUAAGUGGGAAAAAAACGUAGAAAAAUGUACAAUUUUACGAUUUUAUUAUUAUAUAAGAACACGGAUGACGUUUUCUUCCAGAAAAAAUGAUUUAAUCGAAAAAUCUCAAGAUACCUUUUAUGUUGCCUUUUUAAUUUAAUUUCCUAUGGUAUUAUUGUCAAAACCUUUUAGCCACUUUUGAGCUUUUAAGGAAUUUUAAUUUUUUUGAGUUUUUUGUUGUAAUUCGGUUAAAUACACGUAGAGAUUUGGUAAUAAUACUUAUAUUUGACUUAUCUAGACAUGGUAAAAUUUUCAAAAUCAUAAAUAAAAUAAAUGAUGCAUGCACAUGGAUAUUAUAUAUGGAGUGUAAACAAAUAUGUAGGCACCUAAAAAAAUGUAUUCAUGUAAAACGUAUAUGAUAUGCUACAGCGUUUAAGAAUUUUACAUUCGAUUUCGAUAACUUUUUCCGAUAAUUAUUUUUGUGAAAAUUUUUAAAAUAUUAUCAUUGAAUAUGUUAUAAAAAUGUUGUCAAUAGUAUUAAAAUAUUGUGUAGAUAUUAUGGUACCAUAUAGAUGGUGUAUAGUACUAUGUAAUAUGUAGUAAUAACCGAUAAUAUUACUUUUUAUAUUAUUAUGUGUAAAAUAAAUAUAUUGCUUUGUUUACCACUUGCUGUUUUUUCCUAAACUCAACUGCGGAGAUACUUUAGAGAGGUCAUUUUUCGAUUUUCUCUGGAGUUUUCCCAGAAAAUGUGAAAAACCGGGAAAAAUGUAGGAAAAUUGGGAAAAUCGGUACAGCGUAAAAUAAUAUUAUUAAAGAAAAUAAAGCCUAUUUUAUUAUAUUACUAUAACAUAUAUUGUUGACAAAGCAUCACUAUCAACUGAACUCCGCUCAGAAUUGUUUUUUCGUAAGCAAUGGAUUAUCGUUGCUUACGUCCUCAUUAUCUUAGGACGUCUAUUUUUCGUUAUUUUAAACAUUUAAUGUUAUAUUUAUCAAAAAAAAAAAAACGUUUCCUGGGGGAGAGGGGGGGUGGUGUGGCAGGGUAGGCAGUUACCACCCCUCGAGAUGAUUUACCAAAGUAUUUUAAAAAAAAAUUUUAUUCUAAUUCAACAUAUCAACUGUUAAGUCAAAGAUAAUAAAUAAGUAAUAUUGUUUCUAUAACACAAUAAUUUGUUUUUAAGUUUAUAAGAUGUUAAUAUGCCAAUAAUGGCAUAUUAACUUAUGGCAAUAGGUUCACACUUCUUCAUCGAAAAUCCCUAACAAAUAUUUCCAUAUUGGUGGCUAAAUCUAAACACACAUACCGAUAUCCGAAUUGGUUCAUCUCAGCACUACAUUUCAUACAUUUUAAUUAGUAAUUACCGACCCAUGUAUUCAUACCUCUCAGUAUGCGGUUCAUCACAAAAUGUAUAUAAUAAUGAUACUUAUUUAAACUAUUUUUAUUCUAGAAAGAAUGGUUUGAAGGUUACCAAUUGGCAUCGGCUAUGAAUUUUAAGUUCCCUCAAUUUAAGCGGUUGGCGCUUAACACGGUUGUACCGAACGCUAGUCGCGAUGGAAUACAUUUGAUGGAACUACUACUUAGUUGGAAUCCGAUUAGAAGGCCAAGUGCACAAAGUGCUUUGAGGUAGGUACUUGAAGACCAAUUUAUUAGUUAUUGUUCCGUACCUAAUGGUGAAUUUUUAAAUAAAUUAAUAUCAAUUAAAUGGAAACCCUUAAGUCAUUUAAUUUAUUGUAAUCUUAAUAACAACAAAUAUUUGUUUUAGACAACCCUACUUCCAAGUAGGACAUCAGCGUUUAAAUCAGGACUCAGGAGAAGUGACCUACGCGAAGAUCGGUCAUCAAAAAAGACAGCCUGUGCAGUUAAUGAAAUCUCAAAUUUCGCUCCUUCAAACUAAUAAUAACAAGCAAAUUAAGUCAGUAUAAUAUUAUUAGAAUAUAUCGUUUUUCACGGCACUACCUGCAGUGUAUAGUUAAUAAUUUAGUAUACUCGAUUAUGCUAACCAAAUUUUGAACGCGUGGAAUUUUAUAGAUACGAAAAACAAUGGGAAACGUUGCAGGUGAACAAUAAACCGAUCACGAACAAUAAGGACAAAACGUGGUACGACGGGGACGCGGAUGUGGUGGUGUUGAACAAGAAGAAAUUGAGCGCCAAGCAACAUUAUUUGUCUGUGGCCAGAUAUGUCACAGGCAGAGCUUCAAAUCUCCAAGCAGCCGAGACCGAGUAAAAUAAUACAAAUAAUAUAAUAUUAUUCAAUAACGUAGUUUAUACUAAAUACCUAUUUUAUAUUUAUAUGGUGUUUUAGGAUUUUUAAUACCGACGAGGGAGAGAUAGUAGUAAUAGUGUUAAGGGGAGAGCCAGAAGGGAAUGGCGACUAAACUAUAAAAUUAUACGCGUAACUUCACUUAACAUUACUUAGAUUCUAGAAAAUUGUUUCUAAUACGACAAUAAAAAUAUCGGAAAGACAAUACCUAGGUGGAUUAACAUGAUAUAUGCCGCAAUGUAUUUUGUAUUACUGCAGACAUUUACAUUUAUAGUUUUAUGUUAACAAUAACGCUUGAAAUAUAGAAAAACAACUUGAAUGUCUAAGUUUUUAUUUACCGUAUAAUUGUCUGUUUAUUUAGGUUUAUUUUAUAUUAAUUGUAUUCAAAUUAUUUAGAUUGAUAUAGGUUUUGGUUCUCUCGAACUAGUUAUACUAGUGUAAUAGGUGUGAAAUUUGUAAGCUAUAAGUUAUGGUAACACAUAUUUGUUUUUAAAAUAAAUGUGAUAAAUAAUAUUAAAACUCUCAGGUAUUAUAAUAAUAUUCAGUGACGCAACCAGGAGAUUAUAACCUCUUCUCUAAAUUUGAGACUUUUUUACGAAUCCUAUAGGUAUAUAAUAAUUUGUAUUAUUUGGAUUAAAUAGCAGUAUUUCUUAAAAACUAUAAAUAGGUACUAGAUUUAUACUUAGAUCUAGUGAAAGAGCUAUCAUUUUUACCAAGUUUCUUUUUCUUAAACAUUUUGUUAGUAAAAAUAGUAAAUACCCCAAAUCGUUAGCAUUACAGGUACCCUAAGCAUCGUAGGUACAUAAAAAUAUGUGAAUUUUUGUCCUACGGUAUUUUGUUUGAAAUCUGUUCUAAAUAUUCAAACAUAUUAUCUAAAUUGUUUAAAACAAUUGACAACAAAUUUCGAUAAAUGGUUUUCUUUUGCUGAUUUUUGGAUUAUCUUGACCACUAGGGAAAAAACAUGACCAACCCCUUAUCAGAUAACCGAGCACCAUUCAAUAUCAUUAUUCGGUUGUAUCUAUUGAUUUAUCGUUGCUUUCAGUAUAAAUAGUAAACAACGCAUAAUUAUUUUUAUAAUAGAUGUUUGUUUAUUUUGGCCGGAAUAAAAGUGAACGACUAUUUAGUAUAUUUUAGACAAAACGAUCGGAACCCUUAAUUACAGAAUGUCCCACGACGAUAUACCUAUUGCAAUAUCUCGGAAAAUAUUAACUUUUUUCAGAAUUUUUUUUUGAAAAUUUACGAAACAAAUAGUUUUAGAUGCUACAUUACUUUUUUUCACUUUUAUUUUUGGGAGGGAAACGGCUACCUACUUUUGAUUUUCAAGUGACGACCUAUAUUGAACAUUUCUUAAAUAGAAAGAGUUUUAGUUAAAAUAAUUGUUGGCAUUGAAGUUUUUGAUCUCCGUCAAGCCAUUCACGAGGUAUUCGUUUUAAGUUCAGGUGGAUGGAGAGUGGUGGAGCAGCAUCUGUGUGGCAGGAAGCGUGCAUGGUUUGUAUAGUGCCCCACCACUCUUCCCCAAAAAUAAGAGUGAAAAAGUAAUGUAACGUUUUAGAACUAUUUAUUUCGUAAAUUUGUAAAAAAAAAUUCUGAAAAAAGUUAAUAUUUUCCGAGAUAUUUCAAUGGGUAUCUUUGUGGGACACCCUGUAUAACACACACACACACACAUAUAUAUAAAUCAAAAAUUCUUUAAUUGGAGUACAAUUUCCAUUUAAAUUAAUUUUUGUUUAUGUGGUCAUAUUGUGUACUUUACCUAACCUUCACAGACAAAAAAAAAUAAAAUAAACAUCAUUAACUGUAAAACCAAAAACAUACAUAAUAUAAAUUUCUUGGAAUCUAUAUAAUUCAAAACAAUUUUCGUGACCCACCAAAAAUUGACUUGGAACUCACUAGUGGGUAUAUCACAAUAGUUUGUAAACAAUUAUAGAUACUUACUAAUACGUUUAGAAAAUACCUAUUGAAUGGCACUAUUUUUUUUUCUAUUCAUAAAAAAAGACUUAUUACGACUGUAUACAUAUAUACAGGACUAUGUCGAAAAACAUGAGAAAUGACUCGUUUCCACCAGUGAGCAAAGUUUCCGGUGGCUUAAACGAUAAGAACAGAAACGGCAAACGACAAGCUGGCGGGAAAGCUGUAGACUGGGCGUCAAAGUGAGUUAGCGAAUAAUGAAUGAGCAUUAAACAAAAUAAAAAUUAUUCUCGAAAUUUAUUCCGUCGUUGUUUUCAGGUAUUUGGAGUAA